AUGGUUAAGUCAAAUAACUCAUAUAUCAUACAGCACAUAUCAUUGCCUAGUUCCCGUUGUGAAACACAGAGCUACAACAUGUCGAUCGUCGACUCGUACAAAUCCUUCAUGGAGAGGAAUACGGAUCCUCGUACGGAGAACUGGUUGCUAGUGACCGGUCCAGGUCCACUGAUAACUUUACUCGCCUCAUACCUCUACUUCUGUACUUCUGUUGGCCCGAACUACAUGAGAGACAGAAAACCCUACUCACUGAAGAAUACCAUAGCGUUUUACAACAUCUCACAGAUCCUGUUGAGCAUAUUCCUUGUUUAUGAAGGUCUGGCUUCUGGAUGGUGGAAUGAUUAUGACUUCGCUUGCCAACCUGUGGACUAUUCAGAUACUCCUAAAGCAAAAAGGAUGGCCGCUGCAGUCUGGUGGUACUUCUUCGCAAAGAUCGUCGAGCUGUUGGACACGGUCUUCUUUGUACUUAGGAAGAAGAACAGGCAAAUUACGUUCUUGCACCUGUACCAUCACACAAUGAUGCCUAUUUGUGCGUGGAUAGGUGUCAGGUUCUUACCAGGUGGUCACGGAACUCUUCUAGGAGUCAUCAAUUCGUUCAUUCACAUAGUCAUGUACACUUACUACUUCAUCUCUGGUCUGGGGCCGCAGUACCAGAAAUACCUCUGGUGGAAGAAACACCUCACCAGUAUGCAACUGGUGCAGUUCGUCAUCGUUUUCUAUCACAAUUUCAGUGUAAUGUUCUGUGACUGUAACUAUCCUAAGACCAUCAACUUCCUGCUCGCUCUCAAUGCUGGUUUGUUCCUUUAUAUGUUCGGUAACUUCUACUACAGAAACUACAUUAACAUCAAACCUCAAGACGAAAACAAACCAUCUAAUGGUGUCCUCGCGAAUGGUAAAACGAAAGAAUGCUAG